CCUUGGACAAGACUCGACUUCUGGCACCUACGUGAGACCCUGGCAGAUCCCAGGCCAUGUGGCUGUACCUGGGGGCCCUGGUGGCUCUGUACCACCUUAUGCGCUGGUACCGGGAGAGGCAGGUGGUGAGCCAGCUGCGGGACAAGUACGUCUUCAUCACGGGCUGUGACUCGGGCUUCGGCAACCUGCUGGCCAGGCAGCUGGACCUGCUGGGCUUGAGGGUGCUGGCUGCGUGUCUGACCGAGACGGGGGCCGAGUCUCUGAAGGCCAAGACUUCCGACAGGCUGGACACCGUGAUCCUGGAUGUCACCAAGUCAGAGAGCAUCGCUGCGGCCACCCAGUGGGUGAAGGAGCACACGGGAGACACAGGUCUCUGGGGUCUGGUGAACAACGCUGGCAUCUCAGUGCCCACGGCUCCCAAUGAGUGGCUGACCAAACAGGACUUCAUGAAGAUACUGGACGUGAACCUACUGGGGGUGAUUGAGGUGACCGUGAGCCUGCUGCCCCUGCUGAGGAAGGCCAGGGGCCGCGUGGUCAAUGUCUCCAGUGUCCUGGGCCGUCUGUCCCUUUUCGGCGGUGGCUACUGCAUCUCCAAGUAUGGCAUUGAGGCCUUCUCAGAUUCCCUCAGGAGAGAAGUCUCAUUCUUUGGGAUGAAAGUGGCUAUCAUUGAGCCUGGUUACUUCAGGACUACUGCAUCCAAUCAUGAGGUCAUUACUAAGUCUCUCCAGAAUGCAUGGGAUCAAUGCAGUCCAGAGGUCAAGGACAUUUAUGGGGACAAAUACCUGGCAUACGGUUUUCAACUUGCACAGGAGAUGCAAUCACAGGUGUGUGAUGAUCUGACCCUGGUGACGGACUGCAUGGAGCAUGCCCUGAUCUCCUGUCACCCUCGCACACGAUACUCAGCUGGCUGGGAUGCCAAAUUCAAUUUCAUCCCCCUGAGCUACAUGCCCACCUUCCUGGUGGAUGCCCUCCUCAAAUGGAAAGCCGUAAGACCUGCCAAGGCCCUGUGA